AGCAAUUACCAAUAUAAAAGGGGUCCAAACAAAUCUCUAAAUUCCAACAUCAAAGCCAAAGAAAUCUAUCAAAACCAUAAGUUGAAGAGCAAAAAAUCUUUUACUCCAAAGAAAAAAAAAAUGGGUGCUAACUACUCAACUACUUUGCAUGAAGCUCAUAAUAUGCCAACCACACCACAAUUCAAGAGAUCUCAAGUCAUUGCUUUCCACUCUUCAACAAAAUGGAAGCUCCAUUUUGAUUCUUUGAAAGAUACAAAUAAAUUGGUUGUUAUUGACUUCACAGCUACAUGGUGUGGUCCUUGCAAAUAUAUGGAACCAGUUCUCAAUGAUUUUGCUACUAAAUAUACAGAUGUUGAGUUUGUCAAGAUUGAUGUUGAUGAAUUGGAUGAUGUAGCUCAGGAAUAUGGGGUUCAAUCGAUGCCAACGUUCGUGUUGAUGAGGAAAGGGAAGGUUGUUGACAAGAUUGUGGGAGCAGAUAAAGAUGGACUAAAGAUGAAAAUUGAGAAACAUAAAGCUAUGUUCAUGUAAGAAAAUUAAACCUAAGUGUGCAACAAAUUUUAAGCAGAGUUUGAUGGAAUGACACUUCCCUUGUAGAAUAAGACUUCAUGUCUUUUAUCACAUUUUGAUUGAGAGAACACAGCACAUUAUUGUAAACUUCACAUUCAAGAGGCUGAUUAAAGCACUAAUUUUAUACAUUUGCUUGGUUUGAACAAGUGUAUUAAUUCUGA